UAAAUAAAGCAAAUAGAGGUCAUAACUUUUUGAUAACUUUCUCUUGAUAAAUAAGUGACUUGCCACAUCUGAACUUUGGUCACUUUUAAAUUUUAUGUGUGUAUGACUGGCAACUUUAUUCCGGAACUGAUAUCCACAGUUGAAUUCUGACCUACGUUUCGCUUGAACACAAAAUGUCCAAUUUGAGAUUCGAUGGUAAAGUUGCGGUUAUUACUGGUGCUGGUGCGGGUUUAGGACGAGCGUAUGCUUUGUUGUUCGCAUCCAGAGGUGCUAAGGUUGUUGUAAACGACUUAGGUGGCGAUCCUCAUGGACGAGGAAGUGGACAGAAAGCGGCGGAUGUCGUUGUUAAUGAAAUUAAACAAGCAGGUGGUACCGCAGUUGCCAACUAUGAUUCUGUAACCGAGGGGUCGAAAAUUAUUAAAACUGCCCUUGAUAACUACGGACGGGUGGAUAUCCUUGUAAAUAAUGCUGGUAUUCUACGAGAUAAAAGUUUUGCAAACCUUACUGAAGAUGAUUGGGAUAUAAUUCAAAGUGUGCACUUGAAGGGAAGUUUCAAGACAACACAGGCCGCAUUUCCGGUUAUGAAAAAGCAAGGGUAUGGUAGAAUUAUUAUGACAUCUUCGGGUUCGGGUCUUUAUGGCAAUUUUGGUCAAGCCAAUUAUUCGGCUGCAAAAAUGGGCGUAGUAGGUUUAGCUAAUACACUCGCAAUUGAGGGUGCAGCAAAGAAUGUGUACUGCAAUGUAAUUGUUCCCACUGCCGGUAGCAGACUUACACAAGGUCUUCUUCCUGAAGACUUGUACCAGGAAUUGAAACCGGAAUUGAUUGCACCUGUUGUUGCUUAUUUGUGCCACGAUAGUUGUCAAGAGAAUGGUACAAUAAUAGAAUCGGCCGCCGGAUGGGCCGGGAAGUCACAAAUAUGCCGUUCUAAAGGUGGCCUUAUUCGACAACGUAUCACCGAUCCUGCCACAAUUGAAAAUGUGGAAGCGAAAUGGCCAGAGAUUACAGACAUGAAAAAUGCGGUUCCCCGAGUUUCACUAUCGGCAUCUCUUGCAGAUUUGGCGGAAAAACUGGAGCAUUUAAGGCAAGGGGAAGAACCACCCACCUCAUCCAGAGAAGGCGAUAUAUUUACGUUUUCUUCUAAAGAUCUAAUUUUGUACGCGCUCGGAGUGGGGGCAUCCGUUCAGAAUCCAGAGGAGUUAAAGUUGUUGUACGAAAAUCACGAGAACUUUGGUUCAAUUCCGUCUUUUUACAUUUUACCUAGUUUGCAAGCGGUGAUGUCUUCGUCACAACUUAAUACAAUACCCGGAAAAUCAAUUUCUCUUGAAAAUAUGCUUCAUGGUGAACAAUACCUAGAGAUCUACAAUAGCACUCCCGAGGCCGGUACAUUACUAAGCAAUCCCAAAAUCGUAGAGACAUUGGAUAAGGGGUCUGGUGCCGCAAUUGUUACGGAAAUUAACAGUUACAAUGAGCAAGGGGCGUUGAUUAUGCGAAAUCAGUGUGUUACGUUUGCUGUUGGCGCUGGUAACUUCGGAGGGCCCAGAACUGGAAACAAAAUCGUACCUUGUGUACCGAAACCAGACCGUAAACCCGACCUAUCCCUAUCCUACAAGACAACAAUCGACCAAGCGGCACUUUACAGAUUAUCCGGCGAUAUUAAUCCAAUGCAUAUCGAUCCUAACUUUUCUGCAAUCGCCGGGUAUGAGAAACCAAUUUUGCACGGUUUGUGUACGUUGGGUAUUUCGGUUCGGUUAGUAAUGGGUGCAUUCGCGUCUUACGACCGGAAGCUCUUUAGGGCGGUUAAAGCACGGUUCACGAAAGUGGUGAUCCCAGGCCAAACAUUGCGCGUGGACAUGUGGAGAAAUGGAAAUCGAAUUCAUUUUGAAACGAUCGUUGUUGAGAAUGGCACCGCUGCUAUUACAGGUGCUUACGUUGACCUAAAGGCUAUCAAGACAGGAAUAAUGCAAAAUAAAUUGGCAGCAAGUACUUUGAAGAGCGAUGCAGUCUUUGAAUAUAUUAAUGACCAAGUGAAAGUGCAACCCGAUAAAGCAAAGAGCGUAAAUGGAAUUUUCUUAGUGAAAAUCACAAAGGAUGGAGAAAUUGUUAAAGAAUGGACCAUGGAUCUAAAAUCGGCAUCGAUAUACGAAGGAGCGGGAAAAGAUGUGAAACCGAAUACAACACUGGUCGUAUCGGAUGACGAUUUCGUGGAAUUAGCCGUUGGUAAAUUGAACCCGCAACAAGCAUUUAUGAAGGGCAAAUUGAAAGUGACCGGAAAUAUUAUGCUUGCUCAAAAAUUGGGACCUCUCCUUAAAGCUGCACCUAAACUUUAAAUGUAUUCCACUUAUUCUUUGAAUUUUUGUUGUAUCAUAGUGUAGUAGAAUUAAAUGUAAAUGUGUUUUACAUUCCGUUCACGUGGGGUUGUGUAGUUUUCAAAUAUAUUUGUUAUCAUUUUGUAAGGAACAUAAAUACAACUUAUAACUAUUC